GUCUAUUUUUUUCUCGUCGUGUCUGUGUGUGCUUUGAUUAUUUGUUGUGGAAAUAAAGCGGUUUUAUUAAGAAUAGGUUGCUUUAAAAUUGCAAUUAAUUGCAAACAUGGCAUCGGAAGAAGAAAAUGACGACAAUUUCCAGGAAGAGGAAGAGGCGCUCGAUGACAAUGCACAAGUGGCUGAACUAUCAAACGACUCUGACGCCCCGUUGAAACCGAAUGAUGCACAAUUGCAGAACGACGAGGACGACGACUACGAUCCGGAGGACAAUCGGAAGAAGAAGAAGGGCAAGAAGCGCAAGACCAAGAAGGGCGAGGAGAAGGGUCGCAAGAAGAAGAAGCGUAAGAAGAAUGAAAGCGAAGAGGACAGCGACUUUGUGCAGCAUGACGAGGAGGUUGAAUAUGCGAGCACCUCCAAACGCGGCCGUAAACGUAAGGAGGAAAAGCAAGCGCAAAAGGAGAAGGAGUCUUCGUCAUCAGGCAUGCCAUCUGUCGAGGACGUGUGCUCUGCCUUUAAUGUGUGCGAUGCGGAUAUUGACUAUACCGAGGAAGAACUGCAAAACCUGACCACAUAUAAGGCGUUUACCCAGCAUGUGCGCCCCAUAUUGCAAAAGAUGAAUCCAAAAGUGGCUGCGCCCAAGCUCAUGAUGCUCGUGGCUGCCAAGUGGCGUGAGUUCUGUGAAAGUAAUCCGCAUAUACAGCAGGAGCAGGCGCGCAGUAAUGCCGGCGAUGAGCCCGAAGAACCGCGCUCUUCACGCUCAUCUCGCAACGAGAAGCCGGAUGAUAUCUACGAGGAGGAGGAAGAGGAAGAAGAGGAGGAGGAAGAGACCAAAAAACCGCGUCGCAAGCGCAGCGGACGUGGCAAAAAAGGUCGACGACCAUCGGGUAAGGUACCCACUUUGAAGAUUAAGUUCGGGAAACGCAAACGCGAUAGUUCCGACGAUGAACAGGAUGCCAGUGGAGCCUCCGAGCGUGAUUCCGAUUUGGAAUUUGAGAGAAUGCUGCAAAAGUCCGACGACAGUGCCGAUGAGAAGGAGGUGGCUGGUAGUGCUGGUGGUAGCGCCACUGGAGGGAAAUCGGAUGCGAACGCAUCGGCUAAUCCAGCGGUUAAUGAUGAGACGGCCCCUGUGGUGCGCAAGAAAGCAAAAACUAAGAUUGGAAACAAAUUCAAGAAGAAGAAUAAGCUUAAGAAGACCAAGAACUUCCCAGAGGGUGAGGACGGUGAGCAUGAACAUCAGGACUAUUGUGAGGUGUGUCAGCAAGGCGGCGAGAUCAUACUCUGCGACACCUGUCCGCGUGCCUAUCAUCUGGUGUGUUUGGAGCCGGAACUGGACGAACCUCCAGAGGGCAAGUGGUCGUGCCCGCAUUGUGAAGCCGAUGGUGGUGCUCCCGAGGAGGAAGAUGACGACGAGCAUCAGGAGUUUUGUCGCGUGUGCAAGGAUGGUGGCGAGCUAUUAUGCUGUGACUCCUGUCCGUCAGCAUAUCAUACUUUCUGCUUAAAUCCACCGUUGGACAACAUACCUGACGGUGAUUGGCGGUGUCCACGCUGCAGUUGCCCCCCACUGACGGCCAAGGCCGAGAAAAUCAUCACCUGGCGCUGGGCUGUGGAUCGCGGCACUAAUGCAGAGCAGCCAUCGACAUCAAAGGGUGCUCGGAAGUCGCGUGUGCGCGAAUACUUCAUUAAGUGGCACAACAUGUCGUAUUGGCAUUGCGAAUGGGUGUCUGAAGUCCAAUUGGAUGUACAUCAUCCGCUGAUGAUACGCUCCUUCCAGCGUAAAUACGAUAUGGAGGAGCCGCCCAAGUUCGAGGAGUCCCUCGAUGAGGCCGAUACGCGUUUCAAGCGCAUACAGCGCCACAAGGACAAGGCGGGUAUAAAGGCUGACGAUGAUAGCGAACAGUUGGAAGAGCGUUUCUACAAGAAUGGUGUCAAGCCCGAGUGGCUGAUCGUUCAACGUGUGAUAAAUCAUCGCACGGCCCGCGAUGGCAGCACCAUGUUUUUGGUCAAGUGGCGAGAGCUGCCUUAUGAUAAGUCCACCUGGGAGGAGGAGGGCGAUGAUAUGCCCGGAUUGCGCCAAGCCAUCGAUUACUAUCAAGAGUUGCGUGCGGUAUGCACUUCGGAGACAACACGUUCUUCCAGCAAGAAGAACAAAAAGGGACGCAAAUCCAAGCUUAAGCUCGAAUUGGACGACGAGGAUCGUCCGGUCAAGCACUAUACACCUCCGCCAGAGAAACCGACGACGGAUCUAAAGAAGAAAUAUGAGGGUCAACCAGCUUUCCUCGAGGGAACAGGCAUGCAACUGCAUCCUUAUCAAAUCGAGGGCAUCAACUGGUUGCGCUACAGUUGGGGUCAGGGCAUUGACACCAUACUGGCCGAUGAGAUGGGUCUGGGCAAGACAAUUCAGACGGUUACGUUUCUCUACUCGCUGUACAAGGAAGGUCAUUGUCGCGGUCCAUUCCUGGUAGCCGUGCCGCUCUCCACGUUGGUUAACUGGGAGCGUGAGUUCGAACUCUGGGCACCCGAUUUCUAUUGCAUUACCUACAUAGGUGACAAAGAUUCGCGCGCUGUUAUCCGCGAAAAUGAGUUGAGUUUCGAGGAAGGCGCAAUAAGGGGCAGUAAAGUAUCCCGCCUACGAACCACUCAAUAUAAAUUCAACGUACUUCUCACUAGCUACGAGCUCAUCUCGAUGGAUGCCGCAUGUCUGGGCAGCAUUGAUUGGGCCGUUUUGGUUGUCGACGAAGCGCAUCGCUUGAAGAGUAAUCAAAGUAAAUUCUUCCGUAUUCUGAACAGCUAUAGUAUUGCUUAUAAGCUGCUGCUUACCGGCACUCCCUUGCAGAACAAUCUGGAGGAGCUGUUCCAUUUGCUCAAUUUCCUGAGUCGAGACAAGUUCAAUGAUCUGCAAGCGUUCCAGGGCGAGUUCGCUGAUGUUUCAAAAGAGGAGCAGGUGAAACGGUUACACGAGAUGCUUGGACCUCACAUGCUGCGUCGAUUGAAGACGGAUGUGCUUAAGAACAUGCCCUCCAAGUCGGAAUUCAUUGUACGCGUUGAGUUGUCGGCCAUGCAAAAGAAAUUUUAUAAGUUUAUAUUGACGAAGAACUAUGAGGCGCUCAAUUCAAAGAGUGGUGGUGGCUCCUGCUCUCUCAUUAAUAUUAUGAUGGAUUUGAAGAAGUGCUGUAAUCAUCCAUAUUUGUUUCCAUCCGCUGCCGAGGAGGCUCCUACAUCUGCUGGUGGCCUCUAUGAGAUUAACUCGUUGACCAAAGCAGCCGGCAAACUGGUGCUGCUCUCCAAAAUGUUGAAGCAACUCAAAUCGCAGAACCAUCGAGUGCUCAUCUUCUCGCAAAUGACAAAGAUGUUGGACAUUCUGGAGGAUUUCCUGGAGGGUGAACAGUACAAGUAUGAGCGCAUCGAUGGAAGCAUCACAGGCACAGUGCGACAGGAGGCCAUUGAUCGUUUCAAUGCGCCAGGCGCUCAGCAAUUUGUCUUUCUUCUUAGCACACGUGCUGGUGGGUUGGGAAUUAAUCUCGCCACUGCUGAUACCGUCAUCAUUUAUGACUCGGAUUGGAAUCCCCACAAUGACAUUCAAGCCUUUUCGCGUGCCCAUCGUAUUGGACAGGCCAAUAAGGUUAUGAUUUAUCGUUUUGUUACGCGAAAUUCGGUGGAGGAGCGUGUCACGCAGGUGGCAAAGCGUAAGAUGAUGUUGACCCAUCUGGUUGUACGUCCUGGUAUGGGUGGUAAAGGCGCCAACUUCACGAAGCAGGAGCUGGACGAUAUUUUGCGAUUUGGCACUGAGGAUCUAUUCAAGGAAGAUGACAAGGAGGAGGCCAUUCAUUACGAUGACAAGGCCGUGGCAGAGCUUUUGGAUCGCACCAAUCGUGGUAUUGAGGAGAAAGAAUCCUGGGCCAAUGAGUAUCUAUCUUCCUUUAAAGUGGCCUCCUAUGCCACCAAGGAGGAGGAGGAAGAGGAGGAAACAGAAAUCAUCAAGCAAGAUGCCGAGAACUCAGAUCCAGCCUACUGGGUUAAGCUGUUGCGUCACCACUACGAGCAGCAUCAGGAGGAUGUGGGACGUACGUUGGGCAAAGGCAAGCGUGUACGCAAGCAGGUCAACUAUACGGAUGGUGGUGUUGUCCCCGCGGACACGGCACGUGACGAUUCGAACUGGCAGGACAACGGUUCCGAAUACAAUUCGGAGUAUUCGGCCGGAUCCGAUGAGGAUGGAGGCGAUGACGAUUUCGAUGAGCAGAAUGGCGGAGAGCGAAAGGCUAAGAGGCGUCUAGAGCGGCGCGAUGAUCGUCCGUUGCCCCCACUGCUUGCCCGUGUCGGCGGCAACAUCGAGGUACUAGGAUUCAAUGCGCGCCAGCGGAAGAGCUUCCUCAACGCCAUCAUGCGCUAUGGUAUGCCUCCCCAGGAUGCCUUCAAUUCGCAAUGGCUGGUGCGUGAUUUGCGUGGCAAGUCGGAACGGAACUUCAAGGCCUACGUAUCGCUAUUUAUGCGCCAUUUGUGCGAGCCGGGCGCUGACAAUGCCGAAACCUUUGCUGAUGGCGUACCCCGCGAAGGAUUGUCACGACAGCAUGUCCUUACGCGCAUUGGCGUCAUGUCGCUGAUACGCAAGAAGGUGCAGGAGUUCGAGCACAUCAAUGGCUAUUACAGCAUGCCAGAGCUGAUCCUGAAACCUUGCGAGCCAGUGCGUGCAUUGGCCAAACAAGAGCCGGCAGCAAUUGAAGCUGGUGGAGUCGUUAAGCCGGCAGGUGUAGACGAUAAGAGUGCUACGACGAGCAAUAGUGCUACGCCAGCGACCAGUGCUGCUCCCAGUCCUGCGCCGGCCUCAGAGAAAGGGGAGGAGAAGGUAAAUCCGGCAGAAAAAUCAACGCCCGAGAAAAGCGAAGUUAAACAGGAGACGGGUGAUGCUGUCGUAUCUACUGGAACGGAUUCAGAAGCGGACAAAAAGCCCGACGUCAAGCAGGAGCUAACUGCAGCUGGCGAAGAUGCCAACGAAAAGCCACAGCCACAGGAAGAAGCCAGCGUGAAGGAUGAACCCAGCAAAAGCGAUUCCAAAGAUGACGAAGUCAAAGGCGCAUUGAAGCAAGAGUCCAACAAAGCACCCAAGGAUGAGCCGAAGACCGAGGAGAAGGAAGACCCAGAGAAAGCUACCCCAUCUGAAGAAAAGCCUGGUGCGUCAGGUGGAGCCAGCACCACUACCACUAUCAUAGAUGACGACGACGAUGAUGUACUCAUUGUCAAGGAGGAUGGUGAACUGGAGAAACCCAAUGCGUCGGCCCAUUCACCCAAAGACCAGAAACCAGCAGUGACUGGUGCCACCACUGGCAUUGCGGCCACUAAGGUGGAGGAUAGCCUCGAGGUGCUGAAGCGCAAAUUUAUGUUCAACAUUGCCGAUGGUGGCUUCACCGAAUUGCACACCCUGUGGCUUAAUGAAGAAAAGGCCGCUGUGCCUGGACGCGAAUACGAGAUCUGGCAUCGUCGUCAUGACUACUGGCUAUUGGCUGGCAUCGUUACCCACGGUUAUGGACGUUGGCAAGACAUACAGAAUGACAUACGCUUUGCCAUCAUCAACGAACCCUUCAAAAUGGAUGUGGGCAAAGGCAAUUUUCUAGAGAUUAAGAACAAAUUUCUGGCCCGUCGUUUCAAAUUGCUCGAACAGGCACUGGUCAUUGAGGAGCAGCUGCGUCGCGCGGCAUUCUUGAAUCUCGCCCAAGAUCCCAGCCAUCCAGCUAUGUCCCUGAAUGCACGAUUUGCCGAGGUUGAGUGCCUGGCCGAGUCGCACCAGCAUCUAAGCAAGGAAUCGCUGGCUGGCAAUAAGCCGGCCAAUGCUGUCCUUCACAAGGUGCUCAAUCAACUGGAAGAGCUCCUGUCGGACAUGAAGAGCGAUGUGUCGCGCUUGCCAGCCACCUUAGCCAGGAUUCCUCCGGUAGCACAGCGUUUACAAAUGUCCGAACGAUCGAUAUUGUCGCGACUGGCUGCCACCGCUGGUAAUGCCUCCAAUGCCGCACAAUUGAUGGCACAAUUCCCGGCUGGUUUUCAGGGAACCACACUACCCGCCUUCACUGGCGGUCCCGCUGGAAAUUUCGCCAAUUUCCGACCACAAUUCUCGGUACCCGGCCAGCUAUCUAAUAAUACCGGAAACUAGAUUUAUAUGAAUGUCUAACCUACGCACGCAUAAGACACAGAUACACACACACACACAUUCAUGCAAAGUAGAAAGCGUAUUACAAAUUAUAUGUCUACAUAUAUAUGUAUUUUACUCAAGCUAAGAAUUUACUCUAUUUAAAUCAUAAAUCAUAAACGAGGACGAUGACGACAAAGAUCACAAAGCGCAAGGUGUUGAUGGUGACGAAGAUCCUCAAAAAUGAAACGCCUCCUUCACCUCAAGGCUCAAAACGGCAAGGAGGAAAGAGACCACUUCGCCUAUUACUUAAUGGAAUGCCUCAAUGGAGCGUUUAUCGAAGCAUGUGCAUCAACCGCAGCGACCAUCUCUACAAAUGUUUUUAAUACGUAACGGUAUACAUUUUUAAUAUGGCUUCUUACUUUGUGAUUAUGGAGAUACAAAUAGAGACAACAAUACUAAUGCAUACAAUAUAUUCAAUUCCAUUGCAAAGGCAACAAAAAAACAA